UGCUAAUUAAGCAAUAAGACACGACAAGCUUCUUUGUCCCCUCCGUGCGCUGUCUUGUGUGUCUCUCUCACUCUCACCAAGUCUAGCUAGUCUAGUCUAGUCCUACAUUACACUAGCUAGCUCUCCCUAGCACAGCGAGCAGCACAGCCACGCACAGCGGUCAGUCGCCUCGAGGAGCUUGUCGAGAGCGCGACCGCGAGGAGGAGGGAGCAUCAAGCAAGCAAGCAAGCGCCAUGGCGGCGGCGUCCAACGGCGAGGGCGGCCACGGCCAAGGCCGGUUCGACGUGAUCGUGGUGGGCGCGGGCAUCAUGGGCAGCUGCGCGGCGUACGCGGCGUCCUCCCGCGGCGCGCGCGUGCUGCUCCUGGAGCGGUUCGACCUGCUCCACCACAGGGGCUCCUCGCACGGCGAGUCGCGCACCAUCCGCGCCACCUACCCGCAGGCGCACUACCCGCCCAUGGUGCGCCUGUCGCGCCGCCUCUGGGACGAGGCCCAGGCCGACGCCGGGUACGCCGUGCUCACGCCCACCCCGCACCUCGACCUGGGCCCGGCGGACGACCCGGCGCUCGUCGCCGCCAUCAGGAACGGCGGCGCCACCGAGGUCGCCCUCGCCGCCGCCGCAGCCGGGGAUGAUGAGUCGGCGUCGGCGUCCUGGCCCUGGGCGGGCGUGUUCAGGGUCCCCGACGGGUGGACGGCGGCGCCGAGCGAGCUGGGCGGGGUCAUGAAGGCCACCAAGGCCGUGGCCAUGUUCCAGGCGCUCGCCGUCAAGAAGGGCGCCGUCCUCAGGGACAGGGCUGAGGUGGUGGACGUCACCACCAGCUCCAAGCGAGGUGAAGGAGAGGGGUCAAUAAUCUCGGUGAGGACGUCGAGCGGCGAGGAGUUCCAUGGCACCAAAUGCAUAGUGACAGUGGGCGCUUGGACGAGCAAGCUGAUCAGGUCGGUAAGCGGCCUGGACCUUCCCGUGCAGCCGGUGCACACGCUCAUCUGCUACUGGAAGGUGAAGCCGGGGCACGAGCAGGAGCUGACCCCGGAGGCCGGCUUCCCGACGUUCGCCAGCUACGGCGACCCCUACAUCUACGGCACCCCGUCGAUGGAGUUCCCGGGGCUGAUCAAGAUCGCCAUGCACGGCGGGCCGCCCUGCGACCCGGACGGCAGGGACUGGUCCACGGGCGGCCUGGUGGAGCCCGUGGCGCGGUGGAUCGACGCCGUCAUGCCGGACCACGUCGACACCGCCGGCGGGCCGGUCAUCCGGCAGUGCUGCAUGUACUCCGUCACCCCCGACGACGACUACGUGGUCGACUUCCUCGGCGGGGAGUUCGGCAAGGACGUCGUCGUCGGCGCCGGGUUCUCUGGCCAUGGCUUCAAGAUGGGCCCGGCCGUCGGGAGGAUCCUGGCCGAGAUGGCCUUGGACGGGGUGGCCAGGACGGCGGCCGACGCCGGAGUAGACCUCCGCCCCUUAAGGAUCGGCCGGUUUGCGGAAAAUCCCAAAGGAAACCUGUAGGACUCGUUCAAGGCUGAUGGCAACCGCGGGUGGCUUGCUGGAUCGGCGACGGGGCUCCAUUUCAUGUUUUUAUGUCAGAAAAAGUGUGUUCUUGCCAUCUCGUUCCCUUGUUUAUUGUCCUUUUGGAUUCUUGGAUUUUCAAAGAUUGAAGUGGGCGCAUCUCCUCAGUUUGUUGUAGUCUUGCAGACGAAUGUUAAUAAACUGGUCUGAUCAGCUGUAUUAUAUUAUUGAUAGCAAAUCAAGUUCGUUAUUGUGCAGAA